AUGAGUGUUAGCGGUACUUCUCCAAGUACAAAAUCAUCAGCUCUUUUCCACUCCCCCUCCUCAUGCGGCUGUGCGUUCCUACUCUUUGCCCUUCCCCCGAUCCACUCUCCCCCCACUCACUUCCCCUCCCCACGCCAACAGCACCUGUCUUGUGCUAGCUGCAAGAGCGUGAGUUCGGGAUACGGAGUCGAGGAGUUGCAUUUGGCGGAGAUCCUAGUGCUGGGCGAUCUGAACCACCCCAACCAACCUGGUGCGGCUGCUGGGGUACUGCAUUGA